UCCAUCCCCACACCCUUAACACUGCUAACACACCCAAAAUUCUGUACUAAUUUUCACCCACUAACCAAAACCCCAAAAGCCUCCUCUCUCUCUCUCUCAUCACUCUUCAACACUCAUUUUCAUCAAUGGCAACUUCUACUUCAACUCCACCCACAACCGUCAACGACCUCCCCGACGUCAUCCUCUCCAACAUAAUCGCUACUAUCUCCGACGUCCGUAGCCGCAACUCCGCCUCACUCGUCUGCGGUAAAUGGCGCGUUCUCGAACGUUCUACCCGUACUUCCCUCACUCUCCGUGGCAAUAUCCGUGACCUUUUCAUGUUGCCUGAUUGCUUCCGUUGUGUUACUCAUCUCGAUCUCUCUCUCCUCUCUCCUUGGGGCCACCCACUCCUCGGCGAAUCCACCGAAGCGGAUUCUGCUUUAAUAGCUCACCUCCUCCGCCACGCGUUUCCUUCAGUGAAGUCAUUGACGGUGUACGCGCGGGGGGCGGAGGUACUUAAGUUGCUUCCAGUACAGUGGUUUUAUCUUAACACAAUCAAGUUAGUGCGCUGGCACCAACGUCCGCAGUUAGUUAGCGGGGAGGAGUUCGACUUUCUGUUUAAAGGAUGCGGUCAUUUGGAAUCGGUUGACUUGUCUAGUUUUUAUUGCUGGACGGAUGAUGUUCCGCCUGCUCUUGAAUGGAACCCUGUCUUAGCGGGGAAUUUGACGGAGUUGAAUCUGAUGAAUCCUUCGUUUUCGGAGGGUUUUAAGACGGAUGAGAUUGGUGUGAUUACGAAAUGUUGUCCGAAUUUGAAGGAGUUGAAGAUUGCUUGUAUGUUUGAUCCAAUGUACAUUGGGUUUGUUGGUGAUGAAGGUUUGCUUUGUAUAGCUACGAAUUGCCCUAAAUUAUCAGUGCUUCAUUUAGCGGAUACGUCUACGUUGUCUAAUUGUAGAGCUGAUCCUGAUGAUGAGGGAUUUACAGCUGAUGAUGCAAAAUUUAAUGUUUCAACUUUGAUUGAAGUGUUUUCGGGUCUUCCGUUACUUGAAGACCUUGUAUUAGAUGUUUGUAAUAAUGUUAGAGAUAGUGGUCCUGCUUUGGAAAUACUGAACAGAAAAUGUCCUAAAUUGCGGUCGCUGAAGUUGGGGCAAUUUCAUGGCGUUUCUAUGCCAAUUGAGUCGAAGUUGGAUGGGGUUGCGCUAUGUCAGGGGCUUACAUCUUUGUCGAUUAGAAAUGUAGGUGAUUUGGAUGAUAUGGGUUUGAUAGCAAUUGGUAGAGGGUGUACAAGGUUAACUAAGUUUCAGAUUCAAAGUUGUAAGAAGAUCACAAUGAGAGGAAUGAGGACGUUAGCUUCUUUGCUUCGGAAAAGUUUGGUUGAUGUCAGAAUAUCUUGUUGCAAGAAUCUUGGAGCUGCUUCAUCGUUGAAAGCAUUGGAACCAAUACAAGAACAUAUCCAGAGGCUUCAUAUUGAUUGUGUGUGGGAGGAUAGUGUUGAGGAAAUUGAAAAUCUUAAUGGUGUUGAAUACAGGUUUGAUCUCAAUAAGACCAAUGGAGCUGAGUCAUCAACUCGUACGGAUGGAUUUGGGUACACAUUUGGAUCCAUGGAUGAUGAUAUUAUGUUUAAUAGGAAUAAAAGAUGCAAGUACGACUAUGAUCUUAACAGUGUUUGUGUGGAAGACAAUGGCAAUGGGAAUGGUUUUGGUGGACGAACAUGGAACCGGCUGCAUUAUCUCUCACUUUGGGUUGGUGUGGGUGAUCUUGUAACUCCGUUAGCAGCUGCAGGUCUUGAACAUUGUCCUAACUUGGAGGAGAUCAAAAUUAGGGUGGAAGGAGACUGCAGGCUAUGGUCAAAACCUUCGGAGAGGGCAUUUGGUUUGAGCACCCUUUCACGGUACCAUAAACUUGUGAAGAUGCAUUUGGAUUGUGGGGAUCUUAUCGGUUACACGCACACUGCCCCAUCCGGACAGAUGGAUUUGAGCUUGUGGGAACGGUUUUAUCUAUUUGGGAUUGGAAGUUUGAAUCUAAGGGAGCUUGAUUAUUGGCCACCACAAGAUAGGGAUGUUAACCAAAGGUGUCUAUCCCUGCCAGCAGCUGGGCUGCUCCAAGAAUGCAUUGCACUCCGGAAGUUGUUCAUCCACGGAACAGCAAAUGAACAUUUCAUGAUGUUCCUGCUUAGAAUCCCAAACUUAAGAGAUGUACAACUGAGAGAAGAUUACUAUCCGGCCCCAGAGAAUGACAUGAGUACAGAAAUGAGAUCAGACUCCUUGAGCCGCUUUGAAGCAGCCCUAAACAGACGACAGAUUUGUGAUUAAUGCAAGGAAUUACAUUGUACAAUUUUCCAAUAUUCCUUACUGUUUUAUGCCUGAUUGACGCAAGGAACCGAUACUGUUAUGCAACUUUCCUAUGUCCAACUUUCGUAGAUUGUAUUACUGGGAUAGUAUAGUGUUGACAUAUUUAAUAUACAGAUCUUCUGUAUAGUUUUAUGCAUCAGUUAAAUUAUGCAUUUUGAACAAAAGAUAUGAUCAACCUUGGGAGUUAUUCAAGUGAAUUUUUCGUGC